UGGGGUUCAUAAAAUGAAGAAAAACCCAAGAGAAGAGACCCUAGGCCCUUCGAAACUCCAAAAAGGAUGAAGGGCAAUUGCAGAGAGAUGGAGGUUGGAGGGACCCAACUCAUCAUCUACGAUCACGACGCGCCGCCUGACAGCGACGCAUCGUCCUCUGCUCCGGUGGGUGCCAGCCUAUGGGACUGCGCCAUCGUCCUUGCGCACUACCUCCCAUCAGUCCCUCUUGCCGGCAAGAGCGUGGUCGAGCUCGGCGCUGGCACGGGCCUGCCAGGCCUGACGGCGGCCAAGCUUGGCUCGUCGCGCGUCGUCCUCACGGACCUCCCUGAACUCAUUCCGGGGCUUCGCCGGAACGUCGAGGCAAACGAGCUCGUGGACGGCGUCGAAGUGCGGCCUCUCCGGUGGGGCGACGAAGGAGACUGCUCGGCGCUGGGCCCGCCCUUUGAUGUCGUGCUCAUGUCCGACCUCCUCUACAACGUCUCGGCCGCGCCGGGACUUUGCCAGAGCAUCAGGGCUCUGAGCGACGCCCAGACACUGAUCCUGCUCUCCUAUGAGCUCCGCGCCGGAACGACCGAGUGCUUCCAGGUUCUCCGGCGGGCUGGGUUCCGGUGGCGCAAGAUCGGUUCCGAGGACCUGCACCCCGUUUGGCAGAGCGAGGAUAUUGGGAUCUUUCGGCUCUUCCGUGAUGAUUGAAUUGUGAAAGUGUCGCUAUCAAUUUGUUUCACAAACCACAAUGUAUAUGUUUCUGAGAAUAAGAUUUCGUUUCCCCUCAAAGAUUGCUGCGAAUGAAAAAAGAAUAUCAUUUCCCGAAGCCAUUUAUUGUUCCAAUCUCAAGGUUUAUAGUUAUUUCAAGAUUAUAUAUUUCAAGUUUGUAUUGAUAUUGGCUUUCAGAUUUCGAAUUUUGGAUGUGUAUAAGAUUUUUCAAUUUCAAUUGUGUGCUAUGGAUGCCAAUUUCUGCUUUCCUCUGUUUAUUGUUGCCUGCCUGUAACAACUUCCACUUUUGUACAACUUCCAUUUUUGUACUUCAUACCAACUUCAUAAAUGAGUCUGCAUUGCUCUCUUUCAA